CUCCUCCCCUUCCCCUCGACUCGCCCCUGGGAAGGGGUGGGUGGUGGAGUCACUGUCGGCUUCAGCCAGGCUGCGGAGCGGACGGACGCGCCCGGUGCCCCGGGGAGGGGCGCCACCCGGAGAGGACGAGGAGGCGGUGGAGAGGAAGAGACUCCCUCUUUGCCGACACCUCCCCCACCCCCCGAGGCUCUGACCCCAGGGGCUAGGGACCUGCCAAGUUUCUCUACCUUGGCUGCGUGGAGAGGCCGCUACCCUGGAGGUCCUGAACCCACCGCACUGGGGGCCCCAGAACCGCCCCAGUGGCCUAACGCGACCAUCUCAGGGACCACUGCAAGUUUUCCAGUUGCCUAGACCAGGAGCCGGGGGUCAGAGCAACAACCCUUCCAGCCACCUGCCUCGACUUCUGCCUCAGGCACCAGCCCCAGCCCUGUGCGUCCAUCCCAGGUGACAUGCCGGUCCUCUCCACCCCCCGGUCCUCGCGGGUGAGCACGCUGAAGCGCACAGCUCUGGUCCUGGCCCUCACGGCCUAUGGAGCCCACAAAGUCUACCCUUUGCUGCGGCAGUACCUGGCAGCCACCAGGGGCCCUCAGGUACCAGCCGGGGAGUCCACGCAGGAGGUGUCCGGGGCCACAGCGGCCAAGGCCAGCGUGAACCGGGUGUUCCUGCAGCGGCUCAUGGGACUCCUGCGGCUGCUCUUUCCCAGGACCCUGUGCCGGGAGACGGGGCUGUUGGCGCUGCACUCGGCCUCCCUGGUGAGCCGGACCUUCCUGUCCGUGUACGUGGCCCGCCUGGACGGCCGGCUGGCACGCGGCAUCGUGCGCAAGGACCCCCGGGCCUUCGGCUGGCAGCUCCUGCAGUGGCUCCUCAUCGCCCUCCCCGCCACCUUCAUCAACAGUGCCAUCCGGUUCCUAGAGGGCCAGCUGGCCCUGUCCUUCCGCAGCCGUCUAGUGGCCCAUGCCUACAGCCUUUACUUCUCCCAGCAGACCUACUACAGAGUCAGCAACAUGGACGGGCGGCUUCGCAACCCUGACCAGUCCCUGACAGAGGACGUGGUAGCCUUUGCCGCCUCCGUGGCCCACCUGUACUCCAACCUCACCAAGCCACUCCUGGACGUUGCCGUGACCGCCUACACCCUGCUUCGCGCGGCCCGUUCCCGUGGGGCUGGCACAGCCUGGCCCUCGGCCAUUGCGGGCCUCGUCGUGUUCCUCACAGCCAACGUGCUGCGGGCCUUCUCACCCAAGUUUGGCGAGCUGGUGGCCGAGGAGGCGCGGAGGAAGGGAGAGCUGCGCUACAUGCACUCUCGCGUGGUGGCCAACUCCGAGGAGAUCGCCUUCUAUGGGGGCCAUGAGGUGGAGCUAGCCCUCCUUCAGCAGUCCUACCAGGGCCUGGCUUCGCAGAUUCACCUCAUCCUGCUGGAGCGCCUGUGGUACAUCACGCUGGAGCAGUUCCUCAUGAAGUACGUGUGGAGCGCCUCGGGCCUGCUCAUGGUGGCCGUGCCUAUCAUCACGGCCACCGGCUAUGCAGAGUCAGACCCCGAGGCAGUGAAGAAGGCGGCCUUGCAGAUGAAGGAGGAGGAGCUCGUGAGCGAGCGCACAGAAGCCUUUACCAUCGCCCGCAACCUCCUCACAGCCGCUGCAGAUGCCAUCGAGCGGAUCAUGUCAUCCUACAAGGAGGUGACGGAGCUGGCCGGCUACACAGCCCGAGUACACGAGAUGUUCCAGGUGUUUGAAGAUGUCCAGCACUGCCGUUUCAAGAGGCCCGGGGAGCUGGAGGACACUCAGGCGGGGCCUGGGGCUGUGGCGAGGCCUGGAGUCCGUAUAGAGGGGCCCCUGCAAAUCCGAGGCCAAGUGGUAGACGUGGAACAAGGAAUUAUUUGUGAGAACAUCCCCAUCAUCACGCCCACGGGAGAGGUGGUGGUGGCCAGCCUCAACAUCAGGGUGGAAGAGGGCAUGCACCUGCUCAUCACCGGCCCCAACGGCUGCGGCAAGAGCUCUCUCUUCCGGAUCCUUGGCGGCCUCUGGCCCACGUACGGCGGCGUGCUCUACAAGCCCCCGCCGCAACGCAUGUUCUACAUCCCCCAGAGGCCCUACAUGCCGGUGGGCUCCUUGAGGGAUCAGGUCAUCUACCCAGACUCUGUGGAGGACAUGCGAAGGAAAGGCUAUUCAGAGCGGCACCUGGAAGCCAUCCUGGACAUCGUGCACCUGAACCACAUCCUGCAGCGGGAAGGAGAAAGCUCCAGAAGCUGGCGCAUGUGUAACAUACUGAAAUCGUAUUGGCCAGAAUUCGGUUCCAUGGUGAUACUUCACCUCAAGACAAGCUACAGAAUACAGCCUUUUUGGCAGGGAACUUCCAGUCCCGUGGGAAGACAGAGUGGAGGUUGGGAGGCUGUGUGCGACUGGAAGGAUGUGCUGUCAGGGGGGGAGAAGCAGAGAAUCGGCAUGGCCCGCAUGUUCUACCACAGGCCCAAGUACGCCCUCCUGGACGAGUGCACCAGCGCUGUGAGCAUUGACGUAGAAGGCAAGAUCUUCCAGGCGGCCAAGGACGCCGGCAUUGCCCUGCUCUCCAUCACCCACCGGCCCUCCCUAUGGAAGUACCACACGCACUUGCUACAGUUUGACGGGGAGGGGGGCUGGAAGUUCGAGAAGCUGGACUCUGCUGCCCGCCUGAGCCUGACCGAGGAGAAGCAGCGGCUUGAGCAGCAGCUGGCGGGCGUUCCCAAGAUGCAGCGGCGCCUCCAGGAGCUCUGUCAGAUCCUGGGCCAAGGCCCCGGAGUCCUCCAGGGUGCUCCUCUCCCUUGAGCCCUGGGAUCACAUGAAGGAAACAGCCUCACUCGCCCACCCACCCCUGCGCCUGGCACGGCACUGCCACAGGCCUACCCUGCAUGCCUUUCCCUCACAGGCCUCCUGGCGGUGGGCCUGCCCUGUCCAGAGGACUUCCAGCAAAACCACGUGCCUCUCGGGGGGCGGGGGGGGGGCUUCCCUGGGUGGGGCAGGUGGUCCUUUCUUCUCUUCCAGGAGGGGUGAGGGGUGGAGUGGAGCCCCCCAGCUCGCACCACCAGCCCAGUCUGUGCGGAGCCUUGCAUGGGGGGCUCUGCUGUCCUGACGCCCUAGUCCCCCUUAUUCCCUUCAGUCCCUGGAGACCCCACGUGGCUACCACCCAAACGGCCCACCAAGGCUCCCACCCCGUGGGACCCCCCCUUCCCACUUUAGAAACCACCAGGCAGGACCCGGGGGCAGGCCACUUGCGUGCCCCCCCUCUUCCCGCCAGUUGUCUCCAGGAGCCCGCGGGAGAAAGGGCUGCACAGCAUUUCUUAGCGAGCCAUGGUAAGAAUGUAACCCCUGCCCGUCUUGGCCCCCAGCCUCCUCUCCUUCCACAAGCUAAUUUAUUCGGUUCCUGUUUGGAGCCAUCUCGAUUGCCAAUAGGAGCACCCUGCCAGCAAGGGAGAGGCGGCCCAGGGCCCUGGUCCUCCCACGGGCGGCCUUGCCCUUGAGCCAAUCCCUGGCAGCCUGUGGCCCCGCCAGCCUACACUGCCAGCCACCUCCGUGGGGUGGGGGGGAGGUACAGGUCCACCAAAGGGGGAAGCGGGCGCUAGGGCUGCCGGGCAUGAGGGCACCUGUGUGCCCAGCUUAGUGCCAAAGAGGGGUCAGCCAGGGGAGCUGUCUCUGCAAAGCCAGCCCCCACCCACGAGGGAGACCCCACCACAGCCACCGCAUGUGCCUUUCCAGGUCCUCAGCCCUCUGGCCGGGGAGCACCCCUCGACCCCUCAGUAAAAGCCUCCUGUGGAAAGUG